AACAGAUUCUCUUGAAUGUGAGGGACAGAUUCUGUACACCUCAAGAAAUUUGAUACAUCCCCUGUAGAUUUAAAUCUUCAAAUCAAACUCUUAACAAAUUCUUCCAGAUUUCUUCUCACACGUACUGUUUGUUCUCAUCUUUCAUAAUCAAUAAUGCUCCUGUAGCUUGAUUGCAAUCAAAACCCUAAUUAAGAAGAAGAAGAAGGAGGAGGUAGGGUUUGAGAGUUGAAUGUAGUAAUAUGAAAUUGAGGAAACAUUUUGGAAGUAGUUGUAAUAAUAAUCAUAGAAAUGGGGGAAUCAAAAGCUUGGAGAGGUGGUAAUCAGCGGAAAAAAGUGAAGAAGAGUAAUGAGCAGCAUUGUUGGUGGUGGUUAUGGACGGCGGCGGAGUCGGGGAAAGGACAGCGACGGGGGCGGGCGUCGUGGUCGGUGGUUUGUGGAGUGGUGUUGUUUGCGUUAGGGCUUAUCUCGCUGUUUACCGGUCAUGUGGCUUCCAAUCUGGAAUGGUAUUCUCAGAAACUUGCUAAACAUCGGUUAUGGUACAAUAACAAGGUAUUGGUGGGUGGGUUUGGUCAUGGACCAAUAGACAUAUGGAAAUCUCAAUCUUCAAAGUUUUAUUACGGUUGCAGUGAAAGAGGCCCUCAUUAUGCGCCUCCUGUUCAUGAGUCACUAUCAAAUGGCUAUCUGCUUAUUGCUGCUAGUGGAGGGCUGAAUCAACAAAGAACUGGAAUAACCGAUGCUGUAGUUGUUGCACGGAUAUUGAAUGCUACGUUAGUUGUUCCUGAGUUGGAUCAUAAUUCGUUUUGGAAAGACGAUAGUGACUUUGCAAACAUCUUUGAUGUCGACUGGUUUAUCUCUUUCCUUGCGAAAGAUAUUCCUGUCGUCAAAAGGGUCCCCGACGAAUAUAUGCGUUCACUUGAGAAACCCCCAUAUACUAUGCGGGUCCCACGCAAAUCAGAACCUCAAUAUUACCUCGAUGAAGUUCUGCCAACACUCUUGAGACGUCAUGUUGUUCAGCUAACUAAGUUUGAUUAUAGGCUUGCCAGUGACCUAAAUGAAGAACUACAGAGGUUACGGUGUCGGGCAAAUUAUCAUGCUUUUCGUUUUACUAAACCACUACAGAAUCUUGGUCAUAAGCUGGUGAUGAAAAUGAGGAACAUGGCAAAGCGCUACAUUGCUGUCCACUUAAGGUUUGAACCUGAUUUUCUUGCAUUUUAUGGUUGUUACUAUGGUGGUGGUGAAAAAGUAAAACACGAGCUUGGUGAAAUCAGGAAAAGAUGGAUAAAUUUGCCGGAAGCAAGUCUGGACGGAGAGCAGCGGAAACGAGGGAAGUGUCCUCUAACGCCACAUGAGGUAGGGCUGAUGUUGCGGGCACUCGGUUUUGAUAACGACACAUACAUUUUUGGGGCAUUUGGUGAAAUUUAUGGCGGUGAAGAAACUUUGCAGCCUCUUAAAAAAUUGUUUCCAAAUUUCUACACAAAAGAAAUGCUGGCUGGUGAAGAACUCCAACCCUUUCUUCCCUUCUCCUCUCGUCUUGCUGCCAUUGAUUACAUAGUUUGUGAUGAGAGCGAUGUCUUCGUUACAAACAACAAUGGGAACAUGGCAAAGAUUCUUGCUGGUCAAAGGAGAUACAUGGGUCAUAAAAGAACCAUUCGACCAAAUGCUAGGAAGCUCAGCGCCUUAUUCAUGCAACGAGAGAAGAUGUCAUGGACUACUUUCUCUAGCAAAGUCAAAGCAGCCCAAAGGGGUUUUAUGGGUGAACCCGAUGAAAUCCAAUCCAGACGUGCGGAUUUCCAUGAAUACCCUUCUUCAUGCAUAUGCAAGAAACCAUUCAAGUUAUCAGAUGUUGAUAACCAAACAGACUCUGAAUAUGGGCGUAAUGAAGAGGAUCAAGGUGUUAAUAGUACAGCACAAACACACGGAAUAAUGAUAAAUGGAGUUGUGAUGAAAGAUGCAUCAUCACCAGAAGAGAAGGAAGAUGAUGACUUUUUAGCUGACUAGGUCCAACUAAGAAACCUCUGAUAAAACGGGUUUGGUCUAACGGCAGCUGAGGUGGUGGUGGUUGGAUUGCAAGUGAUUUUUAUGUUUGUAAAUGAAAAGCAGAAUCUUUGUUGUUCAUUAUAUGAUAUUAGCUUUCUUGUAUUUUACCCUUUACAUCAACAAAUGAAUGUAAAGAUUCUAUCAUGAUAUAGGUCCAAAAUCUCAGAUAUUUUCCAAUUGGUAGUUUUCA